UAUUUAUGGAAAUUAAGAAAUUGUUUAUAACAAAUGAAAAUGUUAAUUAAUCAUAAUUUGUCAAUGUAAUUUUACUAAUAAUGACUUUAAAGCAGAUUCUUCUAUACUUUCUUCAAUUACGUUUAUUAAGCGCCAUUUUUUCAAUACAUAAUCCAUUAAAACUCGCAACAACCCCAUCAACGACUCUUUCAGCUUUUAACACAACAAAUUCUCAUGAUAUAAAUGUGAAUUUAACGAAUACCACCAAUCACACACGCAUUCCAGGUUAUUUAACAGAUUUAAAUUUGUGCAAAUUAACUCAUCUCGGUUUAGAUUAUGUCGGUCGGAUUGGAAAAAGUGAGUCGGGAGUUCGUUGUCAAUCAUGGACGACAAAAACUCCCGUUCAUCGUGUUGAUCCUAAGUUUACCGACGAUAAUUUUAGUGACUUUUCGCGUGUUCAAGCUCGUUAUUAUUGUCGGAACCCGAAUCGGGAAGAAACGGGGCCGUGGUGUUAUACGAUGGAUCCAGAUAAUAUUUGGGAAACUUGUGGUGUUCCUUUAUGUAGUUAUUCUGAAUGUAGAAUUACAGGACCGGGUAUGGAGUAUGCGGGAACUAUAGCAAAAUCUUUUAAAGAUAAAAAAUGUGUACGUUGGAAUAAAAAUCGUCCAAAACUAAAAGUUAACAAUGAAAUAAUUUCGAUAAAUCAAUACAACAACGAUUUAUUUCCUGAUGAAACGGUUAGAGAUGCUAAAAAAACUUGUAGAAACCCGGACGGUGAUAUAGGAGGGCCAUGGUGUUUUGUCGAAACGAUUGAUAAAAAAAUUGUUGAAAAACAAUACUGUGAUGUUCCGUAUUGUAAUGAGGAAUCAUGUAUGGUUUUUACGAAAUCUUCUCCGAUUUAUAAUCAUUACAUGUCAUUUCCGAAUGAUUUAAUUAAUUUUACUUUUGGCGCAAAACUUUGGGAUCCCGAUUCUUAUCUGAAUUCAUCUGCCAAAUUGGUUCUUUCACUUUACCCACUACCUUUAUCAUCUCAACAAAUUAAUGAUUUAGCAAUUGGAGUUGAAAUUUUCUUGUCAAAUAAAAAGAGUGCUUUUACAGUUGGUGUUAAUGAUAUUGAAUACGUAAAAACGUUGGGAUUGUUAAAAUCAAAUAAGUUUAUUUAUUUUUCGUUAACUUGGUGGCAUAAUAUUAUUACUUUAACGAUUGAAGGCGGUAAGAAACCCCUUUUAAUGGCUGAUAUAAAGAAUAAGGAUACGUUGUUAAAUUAUAAAAUGAAUCAAUUUUUUUAUUUUUCUGCAAUUGGUAAUAAUAUUCUUUGGGAGUUUCCUUUUUGCGACGUGGAAGAACAGUGUGAUGUUCAUACAACGACAAGUGUUGAUUUUCAAAAGUUUUUUCCUAUUAGAGAUGUUAUGCAAGGACAAGAAAUUAAUUUUAAUAUACGAGCUUAUCAUUCAGCUUAUGUUCUCUUAGUUGCAACUCCCGCAAAAGAUUACCCACAGUUUAAAAUCAUCUUGCAACGAGAAGGAAACAUCACAAGGGUUUUAUAUAAACCUCACGAAAAAGCAUCAGAAGCAGUUUUACACGAAGUUUUUGGCGAAAUAGUGCAAUACUGGACGUGGAAAGAGUUUACAAUCCAUUUAUUUGGAGAUGAAUUUGAAGUAUUUACAUCCAAGAAGGGAUUAGCAAACACAUUUAUAUCAUUUAAACAUGACGAUUUACGUUUAAUGCGUUGGUUUUCGAUCGGUUCUGAUAAUACAAUAGCUCAUUGGACUUUGUAUUGUUUUCCACCGAAAGAAGCAUCACCCCCAGCAGCUUAUCUUCCGGAGUGCGCUUUAACACGAAGCGAAAUCUAUUAUAACGGAACACAAGAUGUUACAAGUGAUGGAUUUCCCUGUUUACCUUGGGCGGGACAAAAAAUUAUGCCAAUCGAUGAAAUUGAUACCCUUUUUAAUAACGUCCAACAAAAAUUGCAAGUUAGUAAUUAUUGCAGAGAUCCUAAAGAUGAACAAAAAGGUGCGUUUUGUUACGUAAUUCAACAAGGAAUUAUUAAAAAGCAAUAUUGUCGUAUAAGAAAAUGUAAAUCAGCUGAAUGCAAGAUGGCUGGAACCGGAAAUGAUUACAUAGGAAAAAUGAGUGUAACCCGAUCGAAUCGAACAUGUCAACAUUGGUUAUCUCCGGCCCAAAUGAGAUCGUUAAUAGAAAAUGAAGCUAAAGCCAAAGAAAGUCCUCCCGAAACUCCGAAUUUAUUAGAACAUAACAUAACAUCCAUUGCUGAUAUGGUUAAACAUUUGCAAGCUCUUAAUCAAUAUUUUGACGAUAAUUCUUGCGAUAAUAAAUGGAGAUGCCUUAGGGGGUUGUUUGAAAGGAGGUUAAUUAAAAAAUCCGUUGAAAAUGUUGUUGAUAAUCCGGUUAAAAAUAGUGAUCAAUAUGCGAAUGAAAGCAAAAGUCCUCCUCAUCAGGAGGAAGUAAUGAAAUUAGAGACGGAAUUGGCUAAAAAUAAAAUUAUUAAUAAAAUUGUGCAGGAAGAGGAAACCCAAACUUCCGUUUACGAUUACAUUUACAUUCACACCUUGGCUCCUGUUUUUAUUAAUGAAACUUUGUAUGCUGAUAUGGAUUUGUUAGCUAUUAAAAAUUAUUGUAGAAAUCCUACUCGAGAUGUUGCAGGUAAAAUACCGGGUGUAUCGAGACUCCCGGUAUAAAUCUAAAAAAAUCUACAAAAUUAUUUUUAGGCAUUUGGUGUUACACAACAGAUCCAAAUGUACCAAUUGAUGUUUGUAACGUUCGCG